AGCGGUCGCGCUAAUCGGAUGUUACAGAAAAUGUCCCAAUUCCCUUCAUUUUUCCCACCUGCGUGUUGUUAGGAGAAGCCUAAUUCUUCAUCUGCUCUGAUAGAUGAGAUGUACUAAGUUUUCUUGGAAAGAUGAGCAAGUUUUUGGACCUCAUCGCCGAUCAUCCCUGGUUGGACACAGCAGGUCCUAGUAAGACGAGGUCUUUUCGAUCCGAUUGGAAGAAGAAGAUAUUAUCUUCCUUCGUAGACGACGACGUCACCCGUUCACCAGGCGCGUAUGCGGGCAGCGUCGGUGAGGGAUUCGACUUGCAAGAGCUGGCGAACUCCGAAGCAGACGAUGUGGGAGACGGGUCGGCAACAUCAUCAAAUAUCGAUCACGGAUCUGCUUCUUCAGGAGACCCUCCUUCCAUAGUUCCAAGUGACGACAUCGCCAAAUUCGAGAUCGGCGGUUUUUACCUUGUUCACCCUCGCGUCCAGAACGGGGUUGACGGUCCUAGCCAUUUUCCGCUUUUCAAGGAUGAGGCAGGGCAGUUUGCGUUCACGCAAGAGGAUCUGCUGGGAAUACAACGACGAACACAGCGUUCUGCGUCCUCUGGCGCGGGGAAGACAAAAAAUUCGAGAGGACCACAAGGUCCGGAAAGUGCAACUCUAGGAGAAGAUGAAAUAGACAAAGACGGGACUUCUGAGGACGCGUUACCCCCUCCGACGAAAUUCAACGCUCAAGGCCUUGUUGUCAAAUUCGUUGGCCAACAUUUCAUUUUCCAGGGCCAGCCAGGUUGUCGCGAGCCACAACUCGAAGGCGAGGACGGAUGCUACGUGGCGGAAGUCGAGCCGUUUGCUCGCUUAGAGUGGGGCCACGAUCACGAAGGACGAGAGAACAUCCCAGAGGAUCUUCUAGGGAGACGGGCGUCUAGUGUAGAACUUCCGAAACUCUACGACGCCAUCGAUCAGCAAGAGAAAGUUGCUGACGUCUGCGACCCAUCGCACCAGCACCUUGCGGAUCAGCCCUGUCUAAAGUUGCUGCAGUUCGGAAAGCGCCCAAAAGGAGCGGAAAAUAGUCAAGUUCCGCGUGGAUUCCUACAGAUGCGAGUAAAAGUUCCUCCCGCGUCAACAGUCUCUCCACAACAUGCAUCACACAAUGCUGCUGCUGAAGGACCCACAGACGAAGAUACUGCCAGUUCUACAAAGAAUUGGAAGACAACCAUCGUUUUGGACGCUGGCCGGCGGUUCAAGAUAGAUGAGCCGCAUGUUCGAUUGAAGGACAAGCUUUUGCGCUCUAGUAUGGGCGAAGAGUCCGCCGAUCCGCAGGAGCGCCUUGCGCUUGAGCGCGAAGCGGCGCAGGCGCAAACGGCGGCGCUCGGAGCCCGGCUCAAAGCAGAGUUAAGCGAAAUGGAAAGCAAAAAGUCAUCUGCAUCACCAACAGCGGAAAAGGCUGCAGCCGGUGCGCAAGAUAAGGCAGAAAAACCAAAUCCCAACAUUAUUGCUGCGCAGAAGGCGGCUGAGAAAGCAGAGCGGGCUAAGGAAUCCCUCGACGAGUUCAAUUCGCGGUUUGACGACAACGCCAACAUGGCGCUUUCAACUUCGAUGAACGGCGAGGGGCCUCCUAUGAUGGUGCUUUUUCCCAUGGGAGAGCCGAUACGAGGGCGCUUUCCGAAGGCAGAAGAGAUGACCGCACGUUUUGGCGGCAGCUUGGAAGGUCAUGGUGCCAGUGCAGCGAGACAGGCCUUCUUCUAG